UCACAGCUCGCAAUCCAUUCAGCAUCACCAGCAAACAUGAGCAAACACGUACUUAUUCUCGGCGGCCAUGGCAAGAUCAGCCAACUCCUCACACCUAUCCUCCUCAAGAAGUCAUGGACUGUCACAAGCAUCAUCCGAACGGAGGAGCAGGUCCCCACCAUCAAGAAGCUAGGCGAAAGCCUGCAGGGCAAGCUUAAUGUACUUGUCCGCAGCAUUGAGGAGGUCAAGUCUGAACCCCAGGCCAAGAGCAUCCUGGAUGAGGUGAAGCCUGACUAUGUUGUGUGGAGUGCUGGUGCAGGAGGCCGGGGAGGCGCGGAGAGGACCUACGCUAUCGACCGUGAUGCCGCCAUCCACUUCAUCCGCGCCUCGGCGGCCUCCCCGUCCAUCACCCGUUUCCUCAUGGUCUCGUACCUCGCCUCGCGCCGCAACAAGCCCAGCUGGUGGGACGAUGCCGCUUGGGCCAACGCUCUUGAGGUCAAUAACAAGAUCCUGCCCGACUACUACAAGGCCAAGAUCGCCGCCGACGAGGUCCUGUACCAGGAGUCCGCCAAGAGGGGCAGCGAUUUCGUCGGUAUCAACCUGCGGCCCGGCACACUGACAACCGAGCCGGCGGGCGGGGUUGAGCUGGGCAAGACCAAGACCAGCAGGGGUCCGAGCAGCAGGGAGAGUGUUGCUCAGGUCGCUGCGAGCCUGCUCGAGGUGCCGUCUAUCAAGAACUGCUGGGUAGAUAUGCUGGACGGCGAAGAGGAGGUUGAAGCGGCGGUCAAGAAGAUUGCUACAGAGGGGGUGGACUGUUGUGAGGGAGAGGACAUAUACAAGGCGUGACUUUUGGCAAGGAUUUAGGGCGCUUGACGACUCUUGGAUGUUCAACAAGCCCCACGAUAAUUUAUUGCUGUCUCGG